AUGCAAGAUCAUGAUUUGGUUUCUAUAAAUUCUAUAACUUCAUUUGUGAUUAACCUCUUAUCUAACGAACCAGGACAUGUCACGAAAGGACUAGGAGGUAUCGGUUUGGGUGCAGCGCAAGCUCUCUACUUAGGUUGUGGUUACGCCAUUGGAUGGACCCCCAUAGACCUAAAAGUUGUUGUUGCACUCAAUGGUUGGCUUCCUGCCAGAAAAAACUUCAAUAACAAUUUGGGAACUAUUAUCGGAGCUCUGUGGUUACAGUUCCUCAAGAAUUUGGAUUACAAUGUGCCAACGACCUCCAUACGGCUGGAUUUCCAAUCUACUUAA